AUGGCAGCACACCAAAACGACACCAACCCCACAGGAAUUUCAGACUUCCUUCUGAAUUGUUUUGUCAGGUCUCCCCGCUGGCAACUCUGGCUGUCCCUGCCCCUCUGCCUGCUCUUCCUCCUGGCCAUGGGGGCCAACGCCACCCUCCUGAUCACCAUCCGCCUGGAGGCCUCUCUGCAUGAGCCCAUGUACUACCUGCUCAGCCUCCUCUCCCUGCUGGACAUGGUGCUCUGCCUCACCGUCAUCCCCAAGGUCCUGGCCAUCUUCUGGUUUGACCUCAGACCCAUCAGCUUCUCUGCCUGCUUCCUCCAGAUGUAUGUCAUGAAUAGCUUCCUAGCCAUGGAGUCCUGUACGUUCAUGGUCAUGGCCUUUGAUCGCUAUAUAGCCAUCUGCCACCCACUGAGAUACCCAUUCAUCAUCACUGACCAAUUUGUACUCAAGGCUGUCAUUUUCAUUGUGGCCAGGAACAUCUUUAUGUGUGGGCCCAUCCCCAUCCUCUCAGCACGACUCCAUUACUGUAGGAGAAAUGUCAUCGAGAACUGCAUCUGUGCCAACAUGUCUGUCUCCAGGCUGUCUUGUGAUGAUGUCACCCUCAAUCGCCUUUACCAGUUUGCUAUAGGCUGGACUCUGCUGGGAUCUGACCUCAUCCUCAUUUUCCUUUCUUACAUCCUCAUACUGCGAGCUGUGCUGAAGCUCAGGGCAGAGGGUGCCGCGGCCAAAGCCCUUACUACUUGUGGUUCCCACUUCAUCCUCAUCCUCUUCUUCAGCACCAUCCUUCUGGUCUUUGUCCUCACACAUGUGGCUAAGAGGAAUGUCUCCCCUGAUGUGCCAGUCUUACUCAAUGUCCUCCACCAUGUCAUCCCUGCAGCCCUGAACCCCAUUGUUUAUGGGGUGAGAACCCAGGAGAUCAAGCAAGGAAUCCAGAAAUUACUGAAGAAAAGGUGGUAA